GUUUGCGUCACCCAGUCUCAUGGUCACUCUAAGUCUAUCAGUCUGUUACCUUCACCUCUGAGUGGACAAGCGACUGUGCAGGCGAGACACCAUGGCUCUGCUAUUGGAGCACCAGUUCAGACCAUUGCCAGCUGACAGACAAGUGGAAACCAGACCUUUUUUAGAGGCUGCAACCUACCUUCCACCAUUCAUUGACUGUCUUGGCCCGACCAUCUUUGCACCCCUCAAGUCUGACAUAUUAGCGAAUAUUACAAAAGUCAAGGCUAUCUAUGACACCAACCCAGGACGCUUCAGGACCCUCCAACAGAUUUUGGAGGUCGAAAAGGAAAUGUAUGGAACACAAUGGCCCAAAGUUGGAGCCACAUUGGCACUCAUGUGGCUGAAAAGGAGUCUACGCUUUAUCCAAGUGUUCCUUCAAAGCCUGCUGGAUGGUGAAAAGGAUGAAAAUAACCCAAAUCUCAUUCGAGUCAACGUGACCAAAGCAUAUGAAUUGACGUUGAAGCGAUAUCAUAGCUGGUGGAUUCAACAGCUUUUCAGGGCGGCUCUGUUUGCUGCCCCGUACAGAUCGGACUUCUUGAAGGCGCUCUCCAAAGGCCGCGAAGUCAAGGAAGAGGAAUGUCUGGAGAAGAUGAAAAAAUUCCUGAUCAACUUCUCUGUUACAGUCGAUGCUAUUUAUGAGAUGUAUAAUAAAAUGAAUGCUGAGAUUGACGACAGAGUUUGAGCACAAAACAACCCAUUGCCCUUCUCUGCUGUGCUUCGUUUUAGACUUACAUGGUAUUGUUAUCCAUGUGACUUGCAAUGCCUGAAUUUAUGUUCUGUUGGUGUUAUUGGUUGUGGGCAUGUUCACUCAGAAUAGAGAAUAAUAUAACAUGUCUAUCAUCAAAAAAUAUACUCUCCAUGGAUUCUAUUGUUUUCGGCUAUGUACUUUAGUAUGACCCAUAACCUGCAAAUGGACGUUUUAUAGCAUUUCAAAAUACCGUUACACAUUUUAAUAAAUCCCAAAAGCCUCAAAUAGCCUAAAGUAGUUUGAAACUUGGUUGAAUGUGCAGUCUGCAAAAGCAUGUUAUAGAUUUGCACGACAUUCGUAUUACUAUGGACAAUAAACACAUG